UUUUUGAAAAUAUUCAAAUACAAUUAAAAAACCAAAAGCCUCCUAACUAGUCAACACUUUUGAAUCCCCUAUGAAAUAACGCGCUACAGCAGAGACUGGGAAAAUUCCAUGUAAUAGCGCAGCAGAAACUGGGAAAAUUCCAUAUAAUAACGAGUUUCUGGGCACAUGAGUUGGGGAGAUUGAGUUAGGCUUUUGCAAGUGUUUGAGGAGAAUCGAAUCUAAUUGUGCUCUGGCUUUUUGAGCUUUAAUUCGGUUACAGUCUGUAAUUUUCUUAGAUCUGCUUGAGCUUAGCUGGCCUUGAGUGUUUUUUAGAAACAUUCUUUCUUCUUGGGUUUUUCUGAAGUGGUUCAAUUUGAGGUUAAAAUGGCGCCAAAAAGACUUUUAGACCUUGAGGAGGAUGAUAGGGAGAAAGGCGCUGAAAAGCGCCCGCGAGUCCCCAGCUUUGUAAGUACGAUAGCUCAGGCCAUGAGGAUGGACACUUUGCAGGCUUUAUUAGAGCCCUUGCUUCGGAGAGUGGUUUCUGAGGAGAUUGAACGAGUUAUCACAAAUCGAAUUCCUGCAAACCUAAGACCACCUCCAAGACAAAUACAAGGGCCUGGAUCACGAAAGUUGAGACUGCAGUUCCAGAAUAAGCUCUCGCUUCCUCUUUUCACUGGGAGCAAAAUAGAAGGGGAGCAAGGUUUCAAUCUUCAAAUAAUUCUGCUAGAUAUUGCUACACAACAAAGGGUCACAUCAGGUCCUGAGUCUUUGCAGAAAGUGGAAAUUGUUGUUCUUGAAGGUGAUUUUGGACAUGAUGAUGAAGAUGAAUGGACUGUGGAAGACUUUGAUAAUUAUGUAGUUCGAGAGAGAGAUGGAAAACGCCCACUUCUUACUGGUGAACUUGUUGUUUCUAUGAAAGAUGGUCUUGCGACCCUUGGAGAAUUGUCCUUUACAGAUAAUUCCAGUUGGAUUAGGAGCCGUAAGUUUAGGCUUGGGGCCAGAGUUACAGGAGCAAACCAUGAUGGAAUCAGGAUAAAGGAAGCAAAGACUGAAGCCUUCACAGUUAAGGAUCAUCGCGGCGAAUUGUAUAAGAAGCACUAUCCUCCUGCACUGCUUGAUGAUGUCUGGCGUCUAGAUAGAAUUGGCAAGGAGGGUGCUUUCCAUAAGAAAUUGAGUUCUGAAAGUAUUAAAACAGUGAUGGACUUCUUGAGAGAACUGAAUAGAAAUCCCCAAGGACUUCGCCAAAUUCUUGGCAAUGGGAUGUCAACCAAGAUGUGGGAGGGAACAGUGGAGCAUGCAAGGACAUGUAUACUUAAUAACAAGCAAUAUGUGUAUAACCCACCUCACCAAAACAACGGUAGUGUUAUCUUCAAUGUUGUAUAUGCACCAGUGGCUGUCAAUUGGGCAGAUGGGCGGCUGAUUGCUUGGAAUAGUAUUUCUGAAGCUGAAACGCCUUGGGCGGAAAAGCUUGUAAAAUCUGCAUAUCAGCAUUGGCCAAAUGGAGUGAGAGAACUUGAAGAUGGAUACCUGAUGAAUAAUACUGCUCACUUGUUGGCAUUACAACAUACACCUGUUCAAGUUCUUGAGGGAAAUGGAAAUCCUGGCUAUCAGGGGAUGGCUUUAUUGUCACAGCAAGAUGAGCAGGCAGCACAUUUAGAUGCGAAGUCAGAGAUGGUGGGUCGUCAACAGCCAAUGAAAUAUAGCAGCAACGAUUGGCUUCAACCCAGUGAAAGUGUCAAUAUGGUAGAUUCCACUGAAGUUGCCAUGGUGACAGGGUUCAUGCAUCAGGGUAUGGCACCUCAACCUGUAGAGUCUCCAUCCUUAGCUCUUGCGCCGCGGCUAACAUCCACGUACCAAUAUACCUUGCCUUACCAGCAAGCCAAUCUCAAUUCUCAUAUAUACAGGAAUAGCCAUAGAAAUCAAUAUCCAGACAUUAUAAAAAAUGACUGGGCUAGUGAACCCAAUGAGGGGCAAGGAGGAUUUUACCACUCAAACUCAAGUAAUGAUUUGGUAAAUAGGUGUGCAGAAAAUGAAGAUAUUUUGUUUCGCUUCUGUAGUGGAGGCACAGCUGAACAAGGAUACAACUUCUUCCCCAAUACACCCGGAGAACAAAUGUUUAAUUUUACACACCUUCCUCCAACAGCAAAUUUCGGCUUUAACAUGUCCGGGGAUCGCUUACAUGGAAAAGCCUAUAUGGGAUGGUUGAAGCUCAAGGCCGCAUUAAAAUGGGGAAUUUCUGUUAGGAAGGUGGUAGCUGCAAAAAAGGCUAAAGUGGAAGAAUUGGAGGAUUAAGCUUACCAUCAGCAGGUUAUUGUGCAAUUUGUAUAUUUGUAUCAUAACUACUUUGCUAAAGGCUACCUAGGUAGCAGCCACUUGGAAUUGAUGAAUAGCAGCUAAAAUCGCAUGAUAUCCUGGUUGUAUAUGUUGCUGACCUUGUAAAAGAACUCAAUUCCGAAAUGGCAGUAGGUCGUGCCAGCAAUUUUGUUUUGUCUUUUGCAACCCAGCCAUAACUUCCGUUUAUAGCUGGACAUUAGAUUAGAUCUAGUUUCGAGCUUUUUAAGUUAACAUUGCAAUUUUCGGAACCUGUCGGUUGUCUGUGAAAAACCAAAGGUUGCCAAAUUGCAUCCUUUGCUUGUUUAUGUAGAUUUACACCUAUAAUUAUUUACUUUCGUCCAUAAUCACGACCACUACUGUGUGUCUUAGCAGGGUAGAAUCCAUCCGCUAAAUGCUUUUUUCUUGGAUGGUCAAGAGAGGAUCUUUGAUGUUGUACCCAAUUAAUGAAACUUCUAAGGAGUGGGAUUGGCUACUAGGCAGUUUUCCAGAGCAGGGGAAAAGGCCGUUGACCAUCUCUACCUUGGGGUUCUUGCUUUCCCAAGAGACUUCAAUGACGGCUAGGCUCGAGGUUUCUAGUUCAAUCAAAUUGAAGAACGAGGAUUAAUAUUUUUUCAGGUGGACUAAGUCAUUUGAAAUAUGAAGUCAUUUUAUGUAGCUUGAUGGUGUGUCAAUAAUGAUAGAACUACUAAUAUCUAAGUAUCUUUUAUACUUUA